UAUAGAAUGAUGAGUAUACUGAUGAGGACAGAAGCGACAAAUUGGAUGAUGUAUUUGCAUUAUAAAUUAAAAAUAAUUUUAAGGAUUUUCCUGAUGUAAAUAACCAAAUAUUUGGGCGGAGAAGGAGGCAGCCGAACGUUCAACGGCGCAUAAACCACCAAUCUCUUUUUGGCAACAAUAUGGAAGUGGACGUUAUCUUCAAUCAACAAGAUUUUCCUGACCUCAAUCAUCAAAUAUUCGGCUGCCGGCGCCGGCAGCCAAAUGCACAACCUCGUAGAAUUAAUCAUCAGGCAAUAUACGGCAACAAUUAUCGUGGUGGGCGUUAUAAUCAGGCUACCAGGUGCUGGGUUGCUUUGGAUGCACAAACUAGAGGACUUAAAACUGCUUUGAUUGAAUUGGAUGAUUUCUCUUCUAAAACUAGUGUUUGUGGUUUUGUAAAUUUUUUUGUGAAUGUUUGUUUGGACCUUGUUACACACUUUCUUACGAUUUUUUUUAGCAACCCCAGCACCUGGUAGCCUGAUUAUAACGCCCACCACGAUAAUUGUUGCCGUAUAUUGCCUGAUGAUUAAUUCUACGAGGUUGUGCAUUUGGCUGCCGGCGCCGGCAGCCGAAUAUUUGAUGAUUGAGGUCAGGAAAAUC